GGCCGCCCCUCCGCGGGGCAGCGCGCCGGCCGCGCUCCAUGCGCCGCGUCCCGUGGGCCGCGCCCGGGCGGAGCGGCCGCCCCGCGGCGCCGCGCUCUUCCGUUUCCAGCGGAAGCGGCGAUGGCGGCGGCGCGGCUGCUGCUGGCGGCGCUGGGUCUCGCCUCGGCGGGGAAGAUGAAGAUCGUGGAGGAGCCGAACACGUUCGGGUUGAGUAACCCAUUCUUGCCUCAAACAAAUAGGCUUCAGCCAAAGAUGUCCCCGUCUGCAGUAUCAGGCCCUGCACAUCUCUUUAGGCUUGCUGGCAAGUGUUUCAGUUUUGUGGAAUCCACGUACAAGUACGAGUUUUGUCCUUUCCAUAACGUCACUCAGCACGAGCAGACCUUUCGAUGGAAUGCCUAUAGUGGGAUUUUAGGAAUCUGGCACGAAUGGGAAAUUGAAAACAACACGUUUGUUGGCAUGUGGAUGAGGGAAGGAGACUCGUGUGAAACCAGGAGCAGGCAGACAAAGGUUCAUCUCGUUUGUGGAAAGAGCAAUAAAUUGGCUUAUGUGUCUGAGCCAAGUACUUGUGUUUACUCUCUGACAUUUGAGACUCCUCUCGUGUGCCACCCCCACUCUCUUUUAGUUUAUCCAACUCUGACUGAAGCACUGCAAAAGAAAUGGGAUGAAACAGAGCAGCUUCUGUAUGAUGAACUAAUAACUGACCAGGGAUACAAAAAAAUACUGAGAGAGAUCUUUGAGGAAGCUGGCCUUCUGAAAGCAACAGAAGAGAUGGAAGUUGAGAAACAGAAUCAGAAAAUAAGUCUGGAAUUUGAAACAGUGGAGAAGUGCAGUAAGGAAUACAAGGAACUUUCUGAAGAAAUAAAAAAACUUAAAGAGUUAUUGAGUCAGCAUGGCAUUGCAUACAAAGGAAGUUCUGCAGAAAAUACCAGUGUUGAACAUGUAAGUCCCAAGCUGGCAGCUGCAGUGACAGCUGUUCCAAACGGGUCAAAGACCGACGAGCACCUGCACGGCGACACAGGGAUUUGGAAUGACACCCUAUGAAGAGACUUGGGUGGCAAACAGCAGGUUCACAGGAAUGCCAAGCAAGUUGAAUGUGUGUCAUGGCACUAAGAUGCUUUACCUUUUGCAAGUAUUUUUGGCUUUCUGACUUUCUGUCCUAAAGCAAAGGGAACGUAAUGGAGCGAGGGCUCACCAGUACGGAGAAGUUGGCUGGUUCUGAGAACAUCAUAAAACUUCCGUGCUAAGGCUGGUGUUGGGACUAGGUUUACACGUUCUGUGUUUCCAGUCCCAGCUUUUGUUUUCUUUGAUCAAAGACGGCAAUGAGUGGUGUAAAUACAAAAUCCUUCAAGACCAAUGCUGUAAGAUGUUGUAUGAAAGGUAAUAAAUACAAUAUUAAGAACUUA